AUGUCAACCCGCCGCCUAACCCGCUCAACCCGCAACGCCGCCUCCUCCUCCAACACCACCUCCACCGGCGCUGCGACGACUACCACAAACCCCGAACCACCAACCCCCCGCCGCCUCUCACGCGCCGCCGCCGCACGGGCUGCUAAAAACAUAGAUAUGCAGAUGGAGUCUUCCUCCUCCGAAGAGGAAGAGGACGACGAUGAGGAUGCCGAGGAAGACGCCGAAGGAGAAGGAGAAGAUGGAGAGGGAGAAGGGGAGGAGGAUAUGGACGUUGACACGCCCUCACCUGUCAAAUCCAAGGCCAGGGGCAAGGGCAAAGCUCCCGCAACUACGACUGCGGCUACCAAGGGAGGAGCUAGCAAGACUACCAGUGUCGUGGAAGAGGAUGAGGAAGACGAACCGGACGAACAGCCGCGCGUCGCGAGUCAGCAGCAGGGUCGGAGGGCCGCUGCGCGCGCGCGGAACGUGGUGGUUGAUAACGACGAGGAGGACGAGGAGGAUGCUGAAGACGAGGGAGAUGCGGAAGGAGAGAGCGAGAUUGAUGUCGAAGAGGAGGAGGAUCAAAUCGAGUCUGACGAACCGACUACAAAACCUAAGCGCUCUACUCGUCGUACGACCACCGCUACGCCCUCCAAAUCGCGUAAAGGCAAAGCCAACGCUGCUUCAGGGUCUGCGUCUGCACCAGGCCUCAAGAUCGUGUUGAAACUCAACACCAACACCGCAGUCUCCUCCAACAACAGCUCUACUUCCGGUACACCCCUCCCCGACGACCCCGACAACGAUAACGACGAGCUAGACGCAGACGGGGAACCCAUCGACGUCGAGGAGAUCGACGAGCUCGAACCUCCACCUCCGACUGCGAAAGGUCGAAAAGGUGGUGCGAGAACUACCAAAGGAGGGAAGAAAGCGUCGACCGGAGGAGCGCGCGUUGUGCAGAAGAAAGCCGCCACACGUACCCGCAAAGGCGCGAUCCAACGCGUCCAAUCCACGCACUCCCAAUCCCUCUCCCUCUCCGCCUCACACUCGCCCUCCCAAUCCUCCCUCGCCUCUUCACCCACCUCGACACCGCACACCUCCGACUCUGAAUCCUCAGACGAAGUCAUACCCGGCUCCGCAUCUGCCAGUGGCGGACGCACGAGGCCAUUAACGACUAGACAAGCGGUGUUGGCUAGUAUGGUCGAUUCGAGCCAUGUUUCGUUGAGUGAGAGCACGGGUAGGUCGAGGAAGCAGCCGUUGAGUGAGAUGGAGCUUGCGUUGAGACGGGAGGAGACGGCGAGGAAGAGGAAGAAUUUGAGUGAGAAGAAGUUGGAGGAUGAGAAGGCAGAAACAAUCAACAGACUCCUCAAAAAACAAACUCGUCCACGCGCGCGGAGGGCAGGGUCCGCUUUGGACUCCCCCGUUGGCGGUGCGUCUACGCCUCGUGGAGGUGGGAGGUUUGGAUCGAGGUUGAAGAAAGACGAUGGAGAUGAGGAAGGUGCGGAAGGCGAGAACGAGGGUGAGGAAGGAGAGGAUGAGGAGGGGUACUUUGAGGAGGAGAGGCCGAAACCUACGAUGUUUAGGUGGGUUUCGAGGGUUGUUGAAGUGGAGAUACCUGAUGGCGGGGAGGAAAUUGAAGGAGGGGAAGGGAAGAGUGGAACCGCGAAGGAGAAGGUUGGAGACGCGAGGGAGAAGAAGGAUGGAGAGGCUGGCAAGAACGAUGAAUCGACGAAGGAUGAUGGUGAUGCUGUGAUGAAGGAUGGGGAGGGCGGUGUUGCGCCUACCGCUGGGCCGGAUGCGACGACGACGGGUACCACCGCUCCUGCUACGAUGACGACCGAUAGUACCACUCCUGCGACGACGACCACGACGGACCCCACUUCCACUUCUACGACCGAAGGAGGAAAGAACGAGGGCGAAGGGGACAAGAUGGCCGUUGACGAACCUAACCCCGCUCCAAAGAAGAGGGUGGAGAAGAGGAUGGUGAUUAUGUUUGCUGUUCCGGAGUCUGUUUUCCCUCCGCCGGCUGCUACUCCUGCGACUGCGACUGUGACGGAGGCGACUAUGGAAGGGAGUAGGGACGGGGAAGGAGGAGGGGGAGGAGGGGAUAAGAUGGACGUUGAUCCGCCUUCUGUGACUGCCGGUGCUCAGCCAUCAAGUCAAACCCUUGCAUCGAUGCAGCCUCCAACAAUGACGACUCAACCUCCCUCCUCGACUCAACAGUCCUCGAAAACAUCUGCUCCCUCUCCAGCCACCGAUCCACUGAAAGUCCCAGGCCGGGGCCCAGGCCCGUGCGCCAUACCCGGGUGCGGGCUCAUGCGGAAGUAUAGGCUUGUGAGGGAUUGGACUAUCGGGGCGUGUGGGGUUGAGCAUUUGAGGGUUUUGGAGGGGCGGGUUGGGUAA